UUGAGUUACUAUUUUUAAUUUAUAGCAGCUUAUAAGUUGAAUGUGUUUAUUAAUACAUUUGAUUAAGAAGAUAUUGGAAUAUUUCUUUUAAACCCUAAGCCCAGUUUGGGAGUUUGGAUAUAACCAUGAGCCAGAAUGGCAACUCAGUCGAAACUAAGUCUGAGACAAAACGCGAAGAGACAAAAACUGUGACAACUGAAGCCAACAAUGCAACAACAGCAAUGAACACGACAGUUGCUUCAAAACCACCCCCGAAAAUAAACGCAACAAAUAUUUCAUCUAAACCACAACAGCAAAAGCCAAACUAUAUGCUUAAGUUCACAAUGGCAGGGCACACUAAAGCUGUUUCAUCCGUCAAGUUUAGCCCAGAUGGCCAAUGGCUGGCUAGUUCAUCUGCCGACAAAUUGAUCAAAAUAUGGGGGGCUUAUGAUGGAAAAUAUGAGAAAACUAUUUCUGGACAUAAACUUGGAAUCUCUGACAUCGCAUGGUCCACCGAUUCCCAUCUCCUAUGUUCCGCAUCAGACGAUAAAACAUUGAAAAUAUGGGAUGUCGCAACUGGAAAGUGUUUGAAAACAUUGAAGGGCCACAGUAACUAUGUGUUCUGCUGCAACUUUAACCCUCAAUCAAAUCUAAUUGUGUCGGGAUCGUUUGAUGAAAGCGUUCGAAUAUGGGACGUACGGACGGGAAAAUGCUUGAAGACGUUACCGGCUCAUUCAGAUCCUGUGUCUUCUGUUCACUUCAAUAGAGACGGUGCACUUAUUGUAUCAAGUAGUUACGACGGGUUAUGUCGUAUUUGGGACACGGCAUCGGGGCAAUGUUUGAAGACGCUUAUCGACGACGAUAACCCACCCGUGUCAUUCGUCAAGUUCUCACCAAACGGAAAAUACAUUCUUGCCGCUACGUUAGAUAACACUUUAAAGUUGUGGGAUUACACCAAAGGAAAAUGUUUGAAGACAUACACGGGGCAGAGCAACGAGAAAUAUUGUAUUUUCGCAAACUUUUCCGUGACAGGGGGGAAGUGGAUUGUUAGUGGUUCGGAAGAUCACAUGAUAUAUAUCUGGAAUCUACAAACCAAAGAAAUUGUUCAAAAACUAUCCGGACAUACAGACGUGGUCCUGUGCAGCGCUUGCCAUCCGACGGAGAACAUUAUCGCAUCGGGCGCGUUAGAAAACGACCGAAGCAUCAAGUUAUGGAAAAGUGACUUCUAGCCCCACCUUGUGACAAUGUGCUAUUCUCUUAUAUGGGUAUUUCCCUUCCGCCCAUCGGGGUCAAGAGGUCAUGGAACGAAAUAAUUCAACUUUUUAACUUCUUCGUUGCGUACAGUCCUGCCACAUGGGUGCAGUAGAGUUCUUUUCGUUGUUAUUUUUAAUAAACCACUCGUCAUUCAUAGAUAUCUAA